AUGACGGCCCAUAACAGCAGUCGUUCUCAAUAUACUCCCAUAACCACUGCAUCUGAUGUUUCAAUCGAGCCCUGCCUUUCGAAUCCUGCAGCCGUUGCGAAGGAUACUCAAACUUCAAAUCCUGACCCUUCAUCUUCGAUUACCGAUGCAGAGAAGACCAAAGUUGAGAACAAAGACAAGGAAGACGGAAAUGGUAGAUAUGAGAAAGUUCGCCGCCCAUCACCAAGAGAUACCGAUGUUAUUUUUGGUAGGGACUCUGACGCUGGCGUCGAACCUGUAUCCGAACUCGACUUUGAAACCAAUUCCAUGACGCCAGUAGGCGACAAGGGCGAACAAGAGAGUGAAGUUUCAUCUUCUCUUCAGCUCACACCCACAUCUACGGCUUGGUUCGUUACAGAAUCUGAUUCCCAAUCGAUACACCAGAUUUCAGCCAAGACAGAAAUUGAUCAUGGUUCCGCAUCUGGCGAGGGGGCAGAUGCGAACCACGAAGCCGAGACUGCAUCUCAAGCAGCUGCACAUUUAGAUUCAUUGGAUCCUUUGAACCCAUCCGUUGAGCAAGACGAUGCAAGACGCAAUGCCAGCAUACGAGCCAAGAUAAAAGGUCUUCAGAAGUGCGCCGUCAUAGCACUCUUCCACAUAUACCUCGCUUUUAUACUUCUCCUCACAACCGUAUACCUUGAGAUUGUUCUUCCUGAAGAUGACCAGGCCUACUACUGUGGCCGCCCUUCGAUGAUGGCGCUGCUAAACAGUGUCAUACUCUUGCUUUCCUGGGAGACGUUUGUUCUAAUUGAUUUGAUAUUGAUAGGCGACAUGGGGUUUCGUGACAUCAGAUAUCAUGAUGUGGAAGAGAUUCCAGACGUCCGGUUGACCGAGGUGUUGAAUCAAUUGAGGUUUCAUCGUAUAAGAAGUAUUGUAACGCCACUUAUCGCUUGGAUAUGGUUUUACGGGUUUGCGAGUGGGCCUGUGGCCCAGUUUCCGAUUUUUUAUGCGAAAGGAAUAUGCUCGGCAGAGGAACUAGGGAGGGGAGGGAACAGUACCACAAAUGCCACGGCUGUUGCAUUUGCUGACUCUACCUCGCAUGUCCUGCUGGGAGCAGUUAAAAAUGCUACUAACGCCACUGUGAAAGCUCUCAUGGACGCUGCAGCUAAGGAUUGA